UGUAAAGAAGAGAUUAGGUGUGUAACAUUCCUUGAGAGGUUAUGCUGCUGCGACGGCGGCGGCGGCAUGAAGUUGGUAGAACGGAGGACUUGCGUGGAUUUUUCGAUACGUUUCUCGUAUCUACAUAUUCGAUCGUUAAUAUGACGCUCGCUUCGAAGAAAUAAAGGUUGGUUGAUUUGAAAAAUUGACGAAUGGAACGCACACGAUCGAGCAAAUUCCCCCAUCGUUCGAAGAACACAGAGAGACGUGUAAGAAGCGGAAACAAACGAAUCGUACGCGACUAUUGAAAGUCGAUGGAACGAGCAGACCGUAGUGAACCGGGGUCUGAUAGUUGUAACUUACUGGAAAACACAGUGAUGCCGUGUCGCGUGAAACGUUUGGAAUUGGGCUUCGACGACGGAGAAACAUCGAAACGCGCACGACGAUGGCUGACGAAACCAGAGAAAGAUUGUUAAAAGAGGUGAAGGAACAAGGAGAACUCGUACGGAAAUUAAAAGCCGCUAAAGCUGACGACGAUACCCAGGAUUCGACAAUUUCUUCGGACGUAGAAACGCAAUUAGAAAGUAUUAACGAUGAUCUCGUGGAUGUCAGUUACGUGUGCGGUUGGUUACCUACCGCGAAGGAUGCGGUAUUUUUUGAUUUCUGUGCCACCACGCUUGUCCACGACCACCACCACCAUCCGCUACUCUCUAAAUGGCCACACUUGAAAAGAUGGUUUGCGAACGUUCGAAGCUUCGAUGUAGCCGAACGUAACAUGUUUCCCGAACCGAAAGGGCCGGUUGUUAACUCGUUGGUGGAGAAGGUUGAUCGUAUAUGCAACCUUUGCGAUCGAAAUGCGAUUGACCGAAAGAUAGCAGACGAAGUAGGAAAAUUGUUGCAGCUGAAAGUUCGAUUGGGGGACACACCACCACCUUCGCCACCUUCGAAACUUCUUCUCAAAACACCGAAAGGUACGAGAGAUUAUUCUCCCGAGCAAAUGGCCUUACGAUUGGGAGUGUUGGAUAAAAUAAUAACGGUGUUUAAAAAGCAUGGCGCCGAGACUAUCGAUACUCCGGUGUUUGAAUUAAAGGAAGUUUUGACAGGGAAAUACGGCGAAGAUUCGAAGCUGAUCUACGACUUGAAGGAUCAGGGUGGAGAAAUUUUAGCCCUUAGAUACGAUUUGACCGUACCUUUCGCUAGGUAUCUAGCCAUGGGAAAGAUCUCUUCUAUCAAGAGGUACCACAUAGCGAAAGUUUAUCGAAGGGAUAAUCCGUCUACGACAAGGGGUAGAUACAGGGAAUUCUAUCAAUGCGAUUUCGACAUAGCCGGUCGGUACGAUCCGAUGAUACCAGAUGUGGAAUGCAUUCGCGUUAUUUCCGAAACCCUACGGUCCUUGGACGUAGGGUCUUAUACCGUAAAAUUGAAUCAUAGAUCGUUGCUGGACGGUAUAUUUGCUGCUUGCGGCGUUCCGAAUGAUAAAUUUCGCGCGGUGUGCUCUGCGAUUGAUAAGCUCGACAAGAGUCCUUGGCCGGAGGUGAGAAAAGAGAUAGUGGAGGAAAAAGGGUUGAACGAGUCGGUUGUCGAUAAAAUUGGCAUGUACGUGUCGCGAUCUGGUGGAGAGGAACUUAUCUCCGAAUUAAGGGACGACGGAGAAUUGAUGAGAUAUAAGUCGGCGGUGGAUGGGCUUGAAUCUAUGGCGUUACUCUUCAAAUAUAGCAACAUACUGGAACUGACUGAUAAAAUAACGUUCGAUCUGAGCCUUGCUAGAGGACUCGAUUAUUACACCGGUUUGAUCUUCGAAGCGCUAUUGAUCGGUAAGAAGUGCUUUCCUAUCUGCCGAUCUAUACACGUAUACGUAUCGUUUUCUUUUUUAUUCGCAGGCGACGACGUUGGCGUUGGUAGCGUCGCGGGCGGUGGUCGUUACGACGAUUUGGUGGGAAUGUUCGACAGCAAAAAGAAAUCCGUACCUUGCGUCGGUCUAUCGUUCGGCGUCGAACGUCUUUUCAACGUUCUACAGGCGAAAUUGAAUCGCGAAAACGUGAAGAUACGUACUACCGAAGUUGAGGUGUUCGUAGCGACUGCUCAAAAAAAUUUGCACGAGGAAAGGAUGAAGAUCUUGUCGAUUCUUUGGGAUGCUGAUCUGAAAGCCGAACAAUCCUACAGAAAGAACACGAAUUUACUCACGCAGUUGCAGUACUGCGAAGCAAGUGGAAUACCGCUGGUUGUAAUAAUCGGAGCACGAGAAUUGGCAGCAGGCGAAGUAACGUUGAAGGACGUUGCGUCCCGCGCAGAAGUUUCGGUUCCGCGAGUACGCUUAGUCGAAGAGAUCAGGAAAAGGCUACGGAAAUGAUGAAUUGCUUUCGAACGCGCGUGGGGAUACGUCGUUCGAUAUAUUUCGACACGCGCGACGACGAAAGAGGAGAAGCGUUCCUGUGUAAACUAAAUU